AUGUUAAAAGAGGCCUUGACAUUACCAGAGUUUGCAGAACUAAUAAAUCACAGAAUUAUCUCUUCUUCCGUACAUGACACAAACAUUUUUCUUUCAGGACUGGACCCUGCCCAACCUUAUUUUCAAGACACUCCAAUUGAAGUCAGGCUGGAUAAAAGCGAUGCAGAGUUUGUUGAUGUUAUCCACACAGAUAUAGCUCCCCUAAUUCCCAACUUAGGUUUUGGAAUGGCCCCAGCAAUAGGACAUCUUGACUUUUAUCCAAAUGGAGGAGUGGAAAUGCCGGGCUGUAAUAAGAAUCCUCUUUCACAGAUUGUAGAUCUUGAUGGCAUCUGGGAAGGAACUAAGGACUUUGUAGCCUGCAAUCACCUGCGCAGCUACAAGUACUACUCUGACAGUAUUGUCUACCCUGAUGGAUUUCUGGGCUAUACUUGCGGUUCAUACGAUGCUUUUAAAGAAGGCUGCUUCCCAUGCCCAAGUGGUGGAUGCCCCAACAUGGGUCACUAUGCAGAUAAAUUCAAAGGGAAAACUUCAGAUUCUUUUGUGAAACUUUACCUGAAUACUGCAGACGCCAGAGAUUUUCCUCUUUGGAGGUACAAAGUAUCUGUGAAGCUCUCUGGAAGUUCUAAAGUAACAGGAUAUCUAAAUAUUGCCCUGUAUGGCAAUGAUGGAAACACGAGGCAGCAUCAGAUUUUCCAGGGAUCCCUCAAACCAGACAACACUUACACAGCCUUUGUUGAUGCAGAACGCAAAGUUGGACAAGUUACAAAGGUUAAAUUUCUUUGGAACAACAGCGUGGUAAAUCCAACUCUGCCUAAACUGGGAGCUGCAACUGUCACAGUGCAAUAUGGAGAAACUGGAGAAGUAUUCAAUUUCUGUGGUUCUGAGACAGUGAGGGAGAACGUUCUGCAAACCCUUACUGCUUGCUAACAUGGAUGCCCAAAGCCUCGCUGCCAACAAAUGCUGGUCAAGCAUUAAAGAUCAGAGUCUGCAGUCUUUACAGCUAUAAUAAUGGAAGCUUCACAUGCUGAUUAAUAAAUUGUACCUGUUACAUGUAAACAUGCAAAAAGAAACCUUUCUUGCCCUAGCAUGCUAACGAUCAAUCAAAAAUAAAUAAUAAUUAUACAGGAAAU